AUGGAUAUCAAGACUGUCGAGUUUGAGCCCUUCCAGGACCAGAAGCCUGGCACGUCCGGCCUUCGCAAGAAGGUUACUGUUUUCCAGAAGCCUCAUUACAGCGAGGCCUUCGUCACGAGUAUUUUGUUGUCGAUCCCUGAAGGAGUCAAAGACUCAUUCCUCGUCAUCGGCGGUGAUGGUCGAUACUGGAACCCCGAAGUGAUUCAACUGAUUGCCAAAAUCAGCGCUGCCUACGGUGUUAAAAAGCUUCUCAUCGGACAAAACGGUAUUCUGUCGACGCCGGCGGCGAGCCAUGUCAUUCGACUCCGAAAGGCCACUGGCGGUAUCUUGCUCACCGCUAGCCACAACCCAGGCGGGCCCAAGAACGAUUUCGGCAUCAAGUACAACCUUGCCAACGGCGGCCCUGCCCCCGAGUCCGUAACAAACAAGAUCUACGAAACCUCCAAGACCCUCACUUCAUACAAGCUAGCUUCCAUCCCUGAAAUCGACAUCUCCACCGUUGGCACUCGCACCUAUGGUUCUCUCGAAGUCGAAAUCAUCGACAGCACCGCCGACUACGUCACCAUGCUCAAGGACAUCUUCGACUUCCCCACCAUCAAGAAAUUCUUCAGCUCCCACCCCGACUUUAAAGUGCUCUUCGAUGGCCUCAGUGGUGUCACUGGGCCCUACGGAAAGGCCAUCUUCGAAAAGGAGCUCGGCCUCACUGGCGCUACACAAAACUGCGAGCCCAGCCCCGACUUCAACGGCGGCCAUCCAGACCCCAACCUCACAUACGCCCACUCCCUCGUCGAGGUCGUCGAUAAGAACAACAUCCCCUUUGGAGCCGCUUCAGAUGGCGAUGGCGACCGCAACAUGAUCUACGGCGCCAACGCCUUCGUAUCUCCCGGUGAUUCGCUCGCCAUCAUCGCCCAUCACGCCAAGUUAAUUCCUUACUUUCAGAAGAAUGGCGUCAACGGCCUCGCUCGCUCCAUGCCCACUUCUGGCGCCGUCGACCGCGUAGCUCAAGCCCAGAAACUAGAUUGCUACGAGGUCCCCACCGGCUGGAAGUUCUUUUGUGCCCUAUUUGACGCCAAGAAGCUAUCUAUUUGCGGCGAGGAGAGUUUUGGAACAGGCAGCGACCAUAUCCGUGAAAAGGAUGGCCUCUGGGCUAUUGUCGCUUGGCUCAAUAUCAUUGCUGGCAUUGGUGUUCAAAACCCUGCAGUCACACCCUCUAUCAAGCAGAUCCAGAAGGAUUUUUGGACCCAGUAUGGCCGUACAUUCUUCACCCGUUAUGACUACGAGAAUGUCGAUUCAGAUGGUGCCAAUAAGGUUGUUGGUGUGCUGAAGGAUCUGGUUGCUGACCCCAAGUUUGUCGAACGCACCGUCACAAAUGCAGGCAACUUCUCCUAUACCGACCUCGACGGUUCCGUGUCCUCCAACCAAGGCCUCUACGCGUGUUUCUCCACUGGCAGCCGCAUCGUUGUACGUCUCUCCGGGACAGGCUCUUCCGGCGCCACUAUCCGUUUGUACAUUGAGCAGCACAGUAGUGACCCGUCAACAUAUGACAUGGACGCCCAGGAUUUCCUCAAGGCCGAAGUCAAGUUCGCUACGGAAUUGCUCAAGUUCAAGGAGCAUGUUGGCCGUGAUGAGCCUGAUGUCAAGACCUAA